AUGAAAUCAAUGAAAAAAAUUACUGAUGAAAAUGUUAUAACAGCAACACCUAGUGGUUGUGAACCAUUAAAUAAUUAUUUAAAAAAUGAUUCACUUAAACGAGAUUCAGGUCCAGGUCCAGCUACUGCUAAAGACUUUGUUUUGUUAGGACCAUACCAGCCAAAUAUAAAUUUUCCAACAACUAAUCAUCGCCAUUUUUGUUAUACUUGGUAUCAACGUUAUAAUUGGCUUGAAUUUAGUGAAAUGAUUAAAAAGGCUCAUUGUUUUGUUUGUCGAUUUGCAUAUGUAGAAGGUCGAUUUGAAAAAGAAUUUACCAUAGAUGGCUUUAAUAAUUGGCCGAUGGCCAUAGUGAAAUUCAAUAAACAUCAAGCGGCAGCAUCACAUAAUUAUGCUAAUGAUUUAUGGGUUAAUGCAGUUAAAAAUUAUAAAACAAUAAUGAUGUUGCAAAACAAGUUAAUAGACAACAUGAAAAAGAAACUUUAG